AUGAGCAACCUUAAGCUAGGAGUAGACGUAGUCGGUGCACACAAUCUUCUCCCUAAAGAUGGCGAAGGUUCAUCCAGUGCAUUCGUCGAGCUAUGCUUCGAGGGCCAGAAGUUCCGCACCACCAUCAAAGAAAAGGAUCUGAACCCGGUCUGGGAUGAGAGCUUCUACUUCAACAUCACCGAUCCUGCCAACCUUCACUACCUCACUCUUGACGCCUAUGUCUACAACAACGUCAGAGCUGCUAAUUCCAGAACUUUCCUCGGCAAGGUUUCUAUCCAUGGCAACUCCUUCGUCCCUCAUACCGAUGCUGUAGUUCUCCAUUACCCUCUAGAAAAGCGGGGCAUUUUCUCUCGUGUCAAGGGAGAGCUCGGCCUGAAAGUUUACAUCACUGAUCGUAAUCCGUCCAUGAAAUCCUCAGCACCUGCUGAAUCAAUGCCGCAAGGUCAUCAGCCUGGUAGAGAAAAAGGUGAAAGGCACACAUUUCACCAUCUACCCAACUCAAGCCACCACAGUCAUCGCCACCACCACAAUGCAGAAGCAUCUUCAGCAGCAGCAGAAGUGCCAACAACUCAUCAUGUUCCGAAGUACGUUGCUGAUGAGAUGAGAGCUGCUUCUGCUGAACAUCAGCAGCAGAAGCUAGUCCGUAUGUACUCCGCAUCAGCAGGACAGCCUGUCGACUAUGCACUCAAAGAGACGAGUCCUUUCCUCGGAGGAGGGCGGGUAGUUGGGGGAAGAGUGAUCCAUGCUGACAAAACAGCAAGCACUUAUGAUCUCGUAGAAAGAAUGUUCUUCUUGUAUGUGAGAGUAGUGAAAGCUCGAGAUCUUCCUGCAAUGGAUGUGACAGGGAGCGUUGACCCCUUUGUGGAAGUGAGAAUUGGAAACUACAGAGGAAUUACCAGGCACUUCAACGACAGGCAGAAUCCGGAGUGGAACCAGGUUUUCGCAUUCUCGAGGGAACGAAUGCAGGCUUCCACUCUCGAAGUUGUGAUCAAGGAUAAAGAUCUUGUGAAGGAUGACUUCAUUGGAGUUGUGAGAUUUGAUAUCAACGAGAUCCCUCUUAGAGUCCCGCCAGACAGUCCUCUGGCUCCUGAGUGGUACCGCCUGGGGGACAAGAAGGGUGACAAAGUGAAAGGUGAGUUGAUGCUCGCCGUCUGGAUUGGAACUCAAGCUGAUGAAGCAUUCUCCGAUGCUUGGCACUCCGAUGCAGCUACUCCAGUCGACAGCUCCCCUGCUGCCUCGACUGUGAUACGCUCAAAGGUGUACCAUGCUCCGAGGUUGUGGUAUGUCAGGGUGAAUGUCGUUGAGGCGCAGGAUUUGUUCCCAUCUGAGAGGACACGGUUUCCUGAUGUGUAUGUCAAGGUACAAAUAGGCCACCAGGUGUUGAAAACGAAGACCUGCCAGGCUCGAACAUUUAACGCCCUAUGGAAUGAGGAUCUUCUCUUUGUUGCAGCAGAGCCGUUUGAUGAUCAUUUGGUCAUUUCAGUUGAGGAUCGCGUGGCACCCGGGAGAGAUGAGAUAAUCGGGAGGGUUGUUUUACCGUUGAGCGCUGUGGAGAAGCGAGCUGAUGAUCGGAUCAUUCAUUCCCGGUGGUUCAACCUGGAGAAGCCUGUUGCUGUGGAUGUGGACCAGUUGAAGAAGGAGAAGUUCUCUAGCCGGAUUCAUCUCCGAGUCUGUCUAGAUGGAGGGUACCAUGUUUUAGACGAAUCCACCCACUACAGCAGCGAUCUCCGUCCCACAGCGAAGCAGCUCUGGCGACCGCCGGUUGGGUUGCUGGAACUUGGAAUCCUGAAUGCGGUCGGACUCCAUCCCAUGAAGACCAGGGACGGCAGAGGAACUUCGGACACGUUCUGUGUAGCCAAAUACGGUCACAAAUGGGUUAGAACUCGAACCCUGAUCGACAACCUGAGCCCCAAGUAUAACGAGCAGUAUACUUGGGAGGUGUUCGAUCCGGCCACCGUCCUGACCGUCGGUGUAUUCGACAACGGCCAGCUCGGCGAAAGGGGAGGAAAGGAUUUGAAAAUAGGCAAGGUCAGAAUCCGAAUUUCGACCCUCGAAACUGGCCGGGUUUACACACAUUCAUAUCCUUUGCUAGUCCUGCACCCAACAGGGCUGAAGAAAAUGGGUGAGAUUCAUUUAGCAAUAAGGUUCACUUGCACAUCUUUCGCCAACAUGUUGUACCAGUACGGCAAACCACUCCUGCCCAAAAUGCACUACGUCAGGCCAUUUAGCGUUAUGCAACUAGACAUGCUCCGUUUCCAGGCCGUCAACAUUGUGGCUCUCCGGCUAGGAAGGUCCGAGCCGCCGCUGCGAAAGGAGGUGGUGGAGUACAUGUCCGAUGCAGAUUCCCAUCUGUGGAGCAUGAGGAAGAGCAAGGCCAAUUUCUUCCGGCUGAUGACGGUCUUCUCGGGGCUAUUCGCCGCCGGGAAGUGGUUCACAGACAUAUGCAUGUGGAAGAAUCCGAUCACGACGGUUCUCGUCCACGUGCUUUACUUGAUGCUGGCUUGCUUCCCGGAGCUGAUACUGCCCACGAGUUUCCUCUACAUGUUUCUCAUCGGAGUUUGGAAUUACCGGUACCGGCCGAGGUACCCACCUCAUAUGAACACCAAGCUGUCACAGGCUGAGGCGGUUCAUCCCGACGAGAUGGACGAGGAGUUCGACACCUUCCCGACGAGCAGGAGUCCUGAUUUGGUCAGGAUGAGGUACGACAGGCUGAGGAGCGUCGCCGGGAGGAUUCAGACGGUGGUCGGAGAUGUGGCGACGCAAGGGGAAAGGUUUCAGGCGCUGCUGAGCUGGCGGGACCCGCGCGCCACAGCCGUUUUUAUCACGUUCUGUCUUGUGGCUGCGGUUGUUCUGUUUGUGACGCCGGUUCAGGUGAUUGCGGCUCUGGCGGGGUUUUAUGUGAUGAGGCACCCGAGGUUCCGGUACCGGACUCCGUCGCCGCCGAUUAACUUCUUCCGCCGGCUGCCUGCUCGGUCGGAUAGUAUGCUGUAA